AUGAGCGGUCUCGCCGAUCCCGCGUCUAGAAAUACCGUAGUAUCUGGCGCUACAGAUGUGCCAGGCAGGACACGAAAGCUUCCUCUCCUCUCUUCCUCCGUUCCAGCUUCCGGUCAACCGAUGGGUGAUCCUAUGGAGGUCACUCCGCCUGCUUCAGCAGCGGCAACGGGCGCUGGGCCCUCAGCCCACAACAAUUCUGACAAUGAUCGAGCGGGCGCAAGCACUAUAGCCACUUCCAAUGGUUCUACUGAACCUGCACAUGUGCACAAUCAUGUAGCGCCCAGCCAGGCCAUUGGGGCUGCAGCUGCAGCCCAGCAGCCCAAGGUCGUGCAAACUGCCUUUAUUCACAAGCUGUAUAAUAUGCUAGAGGACCCAAGUAUCCAACAUCUAAUUUCAUGGUCCCAGACUAACGACAGCUUCGUCAUGUCCCCUACUCCCGAAUUCUCUAAAGUCCUUGCCCAAUACUUCAAACAUACCAAUAUUUCGUCGUUCGUAAGGCAAUUGAACAUGUACGGCUUUCAUAAAGGUAUGUCUACCCGUUUGGUUAAUGAGUUUCGUCCCUUGUCUGUUGCUCAUAUGGAGCGCCUUAGUGAGCGAUGUGUUCCACACUGGAUCGCCAGACUCGGCACUUUGGGAGUUCAAGCACGGGAAUGGCAAUUUCAAACGUGGUGA